AUGCUGAAGCUGCUGUUCAUAUUUCUGGCAACGCAAUCGCUUGUCACAGCCGCACCUAAAAACAAAUCUAAUAAUGAACGCGUUGCCGCGCUAUUCAUCAAGGAUAGUGAAAAUGGUGAGCUGCGUUUUCUGACUGGCACCAACUCUGUCAACCAGCUGAUUACACAGUCGCAGGAUCUGCUCGAACAGUUGCGACCCUCGGAUAGCUCUAGCAAUACUAUUACUCCCAUCUAUAUAAAUUUGAAUGGCGGAAAUGCUGCAACCACUUCGCCCACAACUACGACUGGUACCAUUACGAGCACCGGCAAUUCUGGAGCUGCGAGUAAUUCACCGAUUGUCGGGCUGCUGCCGCAAAUUGUAGGGCAAGCGGUGGCGGCUGGUGGAAGUGGUACGGGAACGAGUACUACGGGUACUACUACUGGGAAUCGGCGCCGCGUAAAUCGGCGUGGAAACAAGCGUCGUCGAAUCAAUCGUAAUCCAGGUAAUCGGCGACGUCGUCGACGCCGGAAGCCACAAGCUGUUGUUGUACGACCACAGCGAGGCUAA